UUCGAUUAUGCCGUAUCGCGCAAUACCGUAGCCAAUCGCAAGGAGGAAUAAAAGAACGCAAUCCGGACCGGCCACACAACACUUUCCCAACUUCGAUGGUGUUUCUGGUGCGGCAUGCGCUGCAAAAGGUCGCCACAAGCAGCAGCACUACGAUAAAAGGUGGGAAACCAAAAGUGUCCGAGGUGCUCACGGCGUACUUGAAGCAAUGCAACGAGCCACCGUGGACGUCCUACUUCAUUAAGCAACGCGAUGUUGACAACGAUCAGUUCGGUUGGUCGCACUUCAACUGGACGCUCGACACCGGCACCAACUACCACAUCCUGCGAACCGGGUGCUACCCGUACAUGAAGUACCACUGCACCCGCCGGCCCUGGCAGAACCUCACGCUGGAGGAUCGGUUCUUCCGCUGCAUCAAGGUGGCCAACCUCGGGCUGCCGCAGCUGUUCUACGGGCUUGCCGCCGUCUUUCUCAUCCGGCACGUCGAGUACGUCGAAAUGGGUGCAGGCCGCAGUCCCGUCGCGAUCUACUUCCUCUACGAGGAGCACAAGGGUUCGCUGUACUGA